AUGGGUGCUCACGGUGCCUUGGCCCCAGCGCUGCUCGCGGUGCUGACAGUGCUUCUCCUGCACUUGGCCGUUCCCGUGCGCACCGCGCCUACGAUCUUGGUGCAGAAAAAGGCCAACCAGUCGACGCUGUUGGACGGCUGUCGCAAUGCGCCCGUCUGGACCUCAUGCAUGCGGGCUUUCUGCGAUGUAUCUGAGAUUGACAUGAACUACAACCGCCCCUCCAUCAGCCAACAGAUUGCCACGGCGAAGCGGCUGAUUCGGGAGGGCCGAUCCAUCCUCACGUUUGGUUACAAGCCCCAGACGGUGCACGUCUUCAGCCAGGUCCUGGCCGGCAUUCACGAUGAGCCUGGCUUCAAGGGCGCUAUUCUGGUGUGCACGGGUGAGGCACCCGAGCCCAAACUCGGCAAGGUGCUGCCUGACCCCAAGGUUCUCAGCGUUUGGGCCUCGCACAUUGACCAAGCCCCUCACCCCAAGCUCAAGCCCAUCCCCCUUGGCUUCAACUUUCACAGCGCCAUGACCAAGAGAUCGUAUGAGGUGGGAGGCUCUCAGCAAGGCCGUGUCGCGGCCCGUAACGCAUAA